CAAAUAAUUUUCACUGUGAGCGAACGAUUGGGUGCAGAGCAAUGAAGAAAAUUUAAUAUGUCCGAGCUGUUCAACUUGAAAAUUGUUGUUUUUGGCUAUUUUGCUCCGGUUCCGCGGCCAGAUCUACUGUUCAUCGUUUCACCAACAGGGCUUAGUGAAGAUGGGAUAGAAAGUGGUACCAUUGGAAUGAAAAAUUCAAAAGUUUUCGCCGAUGAUUGCUUUUUGUAAAUAGAGCGAGGCUAAUCAUAAAUGCAGAAAAUACUAUCAGCAGCAGGAGCGAAGGGUGUGAAUCGACGACGGGAUUGCAUACAUUUUGGGGCCGAAAAAAUCCUCCAGCAGCUACGCUAGUGGUAAUAGUAGCAAGGGAGACAAACGGAACGAAGCCACUGCCGCUGCGGACCGUAAUGGUAAGCUAUAUUUUUGCGGUUAAGGUUGGGAAACCAGUGUAGGGCUAAUCUCUGCAGUGAUAACUGGGUUGUGGAAGACAAUAAAACGUGCAUCGGCAAACAGAACACACGCCGAAAGUUAUGCUAAUUUCAUGCAUCAUGUAAUCAAAAAGCGUAUAUAGUCUGUGGUGUUUUUGUCGGGCUCAGGAUCAUAAUCAGCCCCUCGACCCCUUUUCUCUAUGGGGCGGACACAGCCGAAGAAAAAUGACAAACGAGAUGAAAAAUCGCUGCAAACGGAACUGAUGACAGGCUGGAACGGAAACGUCUCGCAGUAGCGGAAGUGAGUGGAGAGAUAACUACUUAACUAGACCGUCGCUGUUGAUACCGUCGCGAAAGAAAAUGAUGGAGCAGGAAAUUGGCAGCUGGGAUUCGGUACUGCUGGAGAAUCUGUCGGAGGACAGCUUUAUCAAUAAUUUGCACCAACGCUACAAGCGAGAUUUGAUCUAUACCUACAUCGGUACAUUUCUCGUGGCACUGAACCCCUUUAAGCCUCUCGCAAUCUACACGCCUGAUUUGGUGCGCAAAUACGCAAACAAAAGUCUUUUUCAACUGCCUCCGCAUAUAUUCGCACUAGCCAACUCUGCCCAUCAGUUUUUGUUGAACUACAAUGAGGACCAGUGUAUCGUCCUGUCCGGUGAAAGUGGAGCUGGUAAAACCGAAUCCGCCCGGAUGAUUGUUCACUUUCUGACACAGUUGUCCGAGAUGAAACGCUGCCGGACACCGAUUUUUUCCCUCAAAGGUAUCAAUCCUAGUUCACGGCAAUCGACGCCAAAGCACAGCUCCGUCAAUCGGACAGGGUCAUCGUUCGAAAGUAAUAGUAGCUCCGGGACGGGUCGUUUAGAUAGUAUUAUGAAGUACAACACAAGCAGGAAAUGUUCCCACGAAAAAACGGUAGAAUUCGACCUGAUUUCACAUCAUAAAAGCUCGGAAAAUUUGGCCGCUAUGAUAGGCGGCAGGAGUGGAGGCGAAGGGAGUUUUUCGGGUAGUGUUGGAAGUACGCCCAAAUGUUUGAAGCAUUCGAACCAAUCGAUAAGCCGUUCAACCGAGGCGAAUGAAUUUCCCACAAAAUCUACGCUCAAAUCGGCCUUUGCGGCGUGUCCAAAGCACAACUGUACGUCUAGUGCCGGAAGCAGCCACAUGGAUCUGCACCGUAUGUGCGGCGGUUAUUCGCCAUCGUUGCAGAAGCGCUGCAGUUUGAAUCGGUGCUGCCACCAGAAUGCAAGUAGCCGUUCGAUCCACAAAUCGUCCUCGUCGAUUGCGCUGACGUACGAUCACAGCAUGUCGCCAUCCGUCCACCGGAAGCAGAUUCUAAAGUCCAUCUCGAAGGAAGUGUACCUACGGGAUCUUGAGCUGGCGAGAAUGCGCGAACGGGUGGCCCAUGCCGAGCUUUUCCUAGAGGCGAUGGGCAACGCGUGUACGGCGAAGAACAGCAACUCGAGCCGAUUUGGGAAAUUUUUCGACAUCGAGUUUGACUACAAGGGUGAUCCAGCUGGGGCACAUCUGACAGUAUAUAUGUUGGAAAAGACACGCAUCACCACGCGGAGCGUAGGCGAGCGCAAUUUUCAUAUCUUCUACCAACUGCUAGCCGGUGCCGAUAUUCAUCUGCUCAAAUCUCUCAAACUACAGCGGAACAUCGACAAGUACGAACUGCUAAAAUACGGCCUUACCAGCGAGGAUGAUCGAACGAACUACGGGUUUACUAGACGUUCCCUUGAGGUGCUAGGUUUUAGCCAGGAGGAAAUCUACGCAAUUUUUACUAUUCUGGCAGUGGUGCUGAAGCUGGGCAAUCUUGUGUUCAUUCCAACCACCAACAUCGAUGGCAGUGAGGGUUGCGAAAUUUCUAACGAAUACGAACUUGACGAAAUAUCCAAACUGCUAGAGAUCGACUGCCACCUGCUGUUCAACUGUUUGACCCGGGUGAGUGAGAGCUGGGAUCAGAUCGAAACCGACGGGUCGGAAUUGGAUGCGGUGUGCGCGGCCAGGAUCAAAUUUGCCCUUUGCCGCACGCUGUACGGACGGUUGUUUACGCUGAUUGCUGCCCGAAUCAACGAGCAGCUGAAGCUGAAGCCUUACGGAUGCGGUGCCGGCAGUACGGUACGCGGCCGAACCGUUGGAUUGCUCGAUUUCUAUGGCUUCGAAGUGCUGGAGAAAAAUUCGUUCGAGCAAUUGGCGAUUAACUAUUGUAACGAGCGGCUGCAACAGCAUUUCGUUAAAAAUGUGCUCAAGUACCAACAGGACCUCUACGUGGCCGAGGGCUUAGAGUGGAUAAAGAUAGACUAUUUUGAUAAUCAAGCGAUUUGUGAACUGAUCGACAAGCCGUGCUAUGGAAUCCUACACUUGUUGGACGAGCCGCAGGUUAUCAACGAUGGAAUUCUGCUCACACGGUUGCACCAGUGCUGCUCCGGACACACAAAUUUUCUUGCCCGUGAUCCUAGUUUGCCUUCAACCUGUUUUCAAAUUCGUCAUUUUGAGGGACCGGCGUUAUAUGUCAGCCAGGGUUUCGUGGAAAAAAACCUUGACAUAUUGCCGAAGCACAUCAGUUCCUGUUUAUAUCAACAUUGCGAACUGCCAAUCGUAGCCAGUUUGUUUCCGGAAGGAAACCCCAAACGUCAUAGCACCGGUCGUAAGCCGACCAGUUCGAGUGCGAACCUUCGAACAUCGUUGCAAACGCUGCUAAAACAACUGGAACAGCGUUACAAUCAUUAUAUUUUCUGCAUCAAACCAAACGAACUAAAGCAACCGAGAAUGUUCGAGCUCGGAUUGGUGCAGCAUCAGGUGCGAUACAUGUGCCUAAUGCCACUGAUCAACCUAUGGCGUAACGGGCACUACUUCAAUAUGGCCCACGCGCGCUUCGUGCAGCGAUACAAACUUCUGUGCCAGUACACGUGGCCUCACUAUAGUGGACCGACCAUCGACGGGGUCGCGCUGAUCAUCCGAAGUGUUCCUUUGCCCGGGGCUGAAUUUACGAUCGGCCGAAAGAAGGUGUUCAUCCGAAGUCCCAGAACGGUGUACGAGCUGGACGAGUUCCGGAAAGUCCGGCUGAACGAGCUGGCGGUGCUAAUUCAGAAAACCUAUCGGUGCUAUACCAAACGGACUCAUUUUUUAGCGUUGCGUCGCAGUGCCCUAGUGAUAGGAGCGUUCUGGAAAACCUGGAGGGAACGGGAGAAGAUACGAGUUACCGAGUUCAGACGACAAGCUCACUGGGCAGUGCAGGUUAUCGGACGGUUCUUUGUUCUUAUUAAGACUCGUGAGUUUUUGUUGACGUUGUUGUUGCGCUUACCGCACGACAAUAUGAGUCCGAUUUGUCACGAGUGGCCAACGGCGCCAUCCUUCCUGGCAGAAACGUCCCAACUACUGCGCAACAUAUUUCACCGCUGGCGGUGCCACAAGUAUAGGAAAUCGUUCGAUCAACCCGCCAGGAAUCGGAUGCGCGAAAAAGUUACUGCCAGCAUUAUUUUUAAGGAUAGGAAAAUAUGUUACUCCAGGACUGUGGCCCAUCCAUUCCACGGAGACUACAUACGGCUGCGGCAGAAUGUACAGUGGAAACGGGUUAGCUGCGAGCAUAACGAUCAGUAUGUGGUAUUCGCUGACCUAAUCAACAAAAUCGCUCGUACCAGUGGAAAGUUCGUCCCCAUCCUUCUGGUACUAUCUACCAACUCGAUGUUGCUGCUGGACCAGAAAACGAUGCAAAUCAAGUACCGUAUACCGGCUUCGGAGAUCUACCGCAUGUCAUUGAGCCCAUACUUCGAUGACAUCGCCGUGAUUCACAUACGAGCCGACAAUUGCAGUUCUAACAUGUCGGAUCGGUCCGAGUCACCCACCGGCUGCCUAUUUCAGUCCGAAAUAGGCAAGAAAAAGGGUGACUUCGUCUUCCAAACGGCACACACCAUAGAAAUCGUAACUAAGCUAUUUUUGGUAAUCCAAAAUGCUACGGCUAAAUCGCCGGAAAUCGUCAUCAGUACCGAAUUCGAAGCAAACUUCGGCCAGCAGACGGUUGUGUUAACCUUCAAAUGUGGCGGUCUGACGGAUAACCCAUACAGCCAGACUCGGGUCCAGCGCAAGGGCAACCGGAUGGAGGUCAUCGUGUAACAGCGGGCCACCGCAGGGGACGGAGCCGCUGUCAAUCGCCCCGAACUGCUGACCGGACUGUUCGAUUACCACGACGAGGAUGGGAUGGAGUUUGGUGUGCGCGGGUUGGAAUUUGAUUGAAAGGAGGGUAAAACCACCUCCUCGUCAUUUGGAAUUUUUGAAGCUCGGCAAAGAGUAAGCUUGCACCACAAUAUUAACUUGUUCGAAACCGGUAAAUGGUUGUUUGCUUUGUGUUUAGGAAAAUGCCUAAUAAUGAAUGCAUAAUAGAAUUUAAGAAAAGUAUUUAGAAUGUCGGUUGGAGGUAACAAACAGGCAAUUGAAACAGGAAAGAGGUGGAAUUUGAAAUCAGGAAUAAGAAGUUUAAAGUAAACUUAGUUGGUAUGGGAAAGUGUUAAAUACAAUCAAAGAAUCUACUCUAAAUUAUAUGAAAAAGAAAGCUUGGGUAAACCCCCUCGUGAAAAGAAAUCUCAUUCAUGCCAAAAAUUAAAUUUUAAACUAGGACUUAUUUUUGAUAUUGAUUUUAUCGAAUAUUUUCAAACUAGUUUCUCGAACCGAUAGCUAAACCAUGAAACCAUUAGAGGCGAAAAUUUUUAAAGCUGGCGAGAAGUGCACUCAAUUUUUCAUGAACCUUGAUCGAUUUUGGCAUUUUAACAUAUAAAACAUUCAUAGUGAAAAAAAAAAUCGAAAAAAGAAUGAAUCAAAGCAAAAAAAAAAACAUUAGUAAAAGAAAAACGCAGUCGAAACUCAAACCAUAUAGGUACAGUGAAAUACACUUAACACUAGGUAGCUCUAUUAGAAAUUAAUCGAAACGCAUUUAUCCGAAUUACUAUCGUAGUGAAAUGUUAACUAAAUUUAAGACACCGAUUGUUCGGCUUUCUUGGAGCCAACUUGGAGCCAAGCCAAACCUGGGGGUAAAUAAGCUAUAAGGUAUACCACAAAUUGUUAGCGCUGAUAUUUAGAACACUAGAAGAAAAAAAUGGUUGAUACAUUUACGCGGGUCUGUACUACUUGGUGUCGAUUGUGUUUCUCUGUUCGGCUGAUCAUUUAAAUCAUUUAAAAUUCCGAACGACUUGACGACAAAUGGUACAGAUCCAGCCACUAAUACCUAUUAUUACUAAUAAUAAUAAUCGCAGUUGUGAAAAAAAUUGAUAAAACGUGAGAACUCAAAGACGCUUAUUACAUUGACAAGAAUUAACCAAACAGUGAUGAACAGACAAAAGCAGAAAAUCAUCGCCAUGUAGAAAAUAAGUAGCGAAUUUAACCACAAAAAAAUCAAUUAUUGAAGUUAAACCUUAAGCAAACACUACCAAAUUGUUACAAGAAAAAAAAAUUAACAUAACCCUACUCUUUUACGUCCCCCGGACAAAGCCACGUAAAAUACCUCUAGUGAAAAAGUGUUAAUUUCGAUGUUGUGACACAGAACAGCGCGCCGCAUUUCCGUUUCAUUUUCACCCCCUAGGAGCCUAGGAAGUGUGCGCCAUGCCAAGCAAAGCCAAGCCAAAAUCGGGACGGGAUAACUUGAGAGGGGUAACAACAUACAUUUACUCAUUGAUACACACACACGGUACGGGUUCUUAAAAAGAUAUGUAUAAUCGUUUAGGAGUUUUCUGCGUGGAUCUCGGUGCCAAACGACAGUUUUUUUGUUUGUUGUUUUGGGCAGCGCGUUCUAGAUUCAAAACCGCAUUUUGCGCCACGCUAACCGUCAGGCAGUCACUCGGUAAUUUUUAUCCGUUCGAUGAAUAUUUAACAAUUUUUCUAUAUAGAUUUUUCUAUUACACACUAACUGUAAGAAGAUUGAAAAAUAAUAAUUAUAAUAGAGUAGAGAUAAUUACAAUUGAGAUAUAUGCAAUAAACAAAUAGUAGUUGAAAAAAAAGUAGCCAAUUCACCGGGAAGAGAAUUAAAAAAUUAAACAAAAAUACACAUGACGAAAUAGUUAACAGAGCGGAUCAAACUGGAGAGGGGGGUAAAAAGGAGAAAAAUUGUGCCAAAUUACACUACAUUGAAGGCCUACCAUCUGAUGAAAACGAUACGUUUAAUUAAUUUCCAACAAAGAGAGUAUAUACGUUAUCUAUUGUUGUAUUCUAUACAUUGACCAAUAGUGAAAAUUCAUUUGCUCACACCAAUUUAACAAUGAUGUUCAACUAAACGAAUUUGACACGAAAAAUUGGCAAUUUUUACAUAAAAAAAAGGUUUCACUGUUCGAAACUGAAAUUAUCGUUAUUUUUUUGAAAGAUGGAAAAAACGUUGUUUCAAAAUGAAUUAAACAUUUUCCUCUCACUAACACUGAAAUGGCAACGAGCAAUUUUUUCUAUCUUGAUAAUCACAGAAACACAUCAGCAGAUUGUUUUCGUUUUUAACUAUAAAACAAAACAAACACACAAUUCGAAAAUUCAAUAAUAGUAAACCAGACUAGCUAUAAUAGAAGAAAAAAAUCUUGAUUAUACAUACAUAUCUCAUCCAUUGAACAACCACAGAGUAAUAAAAUGAAGAACACUAGAGAAGCUAAUUCGAUCUAAAACCCUAA